ACUAUAUAGUAAAUGCUACAUAUACUAUGCAAUACACUUUGUUUUAAUCCAAGAGAGGAACAUAUCGACCUAGCAGACUAUACAGUGCUAUAGACUGUGUUUACACCUGAGUAUUCAAUGAUCACUAUCAUGGACUCCCUACUGGAAUCAGGCGCCGGGUACACGGUGUCUCCGAAGUUUGAGGACAACACCGAACUUGCUAAUGGAUGGCAAGAUGUCGAGAGUCUGGCAAUGAUGUACCAGGACAACACUCCUUACGAGAACAACAUCCUGCAAGCCAUCAGUGGGUCAAGUGCCUCACCUCAACAAAACCUCCCUACCACUAACACUGCACCACAGAGGAUGAACACCCCUACAGCCAACUCUCCCUGUUCACCAAUGCAGCAGAACGAAAUAUAUGAUGACUUACUAGACUUUGAUUUCAUUCUUUCCAACACCAUGGAUAACGGGUCGUUGGAUUGUACUACAUUGUACCCUGAAGAUAAUGGACAAAAAAUCAAACGCGAGCCUCUCGGUGUGAACGCUGAUACUCUGCCAGAUUUUCACUCAACAUUCAUGGACAUUCCUGAUAUCAUGAACAGUAUGUAUGACAUGGAAAAUAUGAAAGCUGACUUUAGAAAACAGAUAAUCGUUCCUAAACAAGAGUGCAAUCGAAAUACGGUGACGUCAUGUGCCUCAUAUAUGUCCAAUAACAAUUCUGCUGUUGCCAUGGCUAGACUUAACUGUACAAUGAGUCCAGUGUCUCCACAGCAGCAGCAGCAACAGCAGCAGCAACAGCAGCAACAACAACAACAACAACAGCAACAACAUCCCAUGCACUACCAAUUGAAUAUUCCAGGAAACUUGUCACCCCCAGCCUCUCCUGAACAUCAGGACGACCAGGUCAAGUGUCGUGCCCCACUUUCCAUUCUCACGCAACAUCCUCAGAUCCAUAGAAUUCCUCCCCAUCAUCAACAGAUGCAUCAUCAGCAAACAUCGCCACAGGCCCAGCAGCAACCAUUUCUGAUGUCCACACAUCAUUUCAUGGCGAAAAUGCCGAUUCCCCAGCAACACAUGAUGCAACAUCAGAUGAUUACACCGCCAUCUUCCCCACAGCUUGUCGACCUGUUGCUUCCACAACAGCCUGUUGACCCAUCUUCAUGUCAACCGAAAAAACGAGGCCGACGAAGCUGGGGAAGAAAGCGACAGACAAGUCACACCUGUUCACACCCAGGCUGCAGUAAGACAUACACGAAAAGCUCCCAUCUGAAAGCACAUUUACGGACACAUACUGGUGAAAAACCAUACGCAUGCACAUGGAAGGGAUGCGGCUGGAAAUUCGCUCGCUCUGAUGAACUUACCCGUCAUUACCGUAAACAUACCGGUGAUCGCCCCUUCCAGUGCCACCUAUGUGAGCGCGCCUUCUCCAGGAGUGACCAUCUGUCUCUCCAUAUGAAACGCCACAUAUGAACUGACUAUCACAAAACGCUGUGAUACUGCAGGACCCCGGUCUUAAUCGAGAGACAUUUCCGUGUUCAACCUGAAAAACACUGCAUUCCAUUACAUUAUCAAUUGAUCACUAUGAUGUUGUAAUUGUAGAUUAUCUAUAAUGGUUGUAUUUUGUCAACACAAAGUUGAUAUAUGUCAUGCAAUAUAUUUUAGAUGGUGAUUAGAAAUUGAAAAUAUGUGGUUAAGGUUGGAAAGUCUCUAGUACCAUUUUGUACCGUUAAGGGUUGUUGUAAAAGGUUUGUUGACAAAACUUGUCGGCUGGUCCGAUACCUAACCUUUAUGAAACCUCCCUGACAAAAUGAUACGACUGUUUGGGCUAUCCGCCCCGGGAUGGCAAUAAGAGAAGGAGGGUAUCGUAAUGUCAGAUUGAUGUUAUGUAUACAGUGAAACACUAUAUAUGUUUGAUAUUUGUAACACCGUAUGUAUGUAUUUAGACCUUUAUUUCUUAUUUGCAAGGCCAGUCAAGACCAUAACUAGUUCAUUUCAUCGCUAUGCAACGUAACUGCCAAUCAAAAGUUCCACAUUUUUACAUGUACAACGAAGCCAAAAUUAUCAUUUUUGAAAGAUAGUGUCAGAAGUGUAUUUAGUGUGGAAAAUGAACCCUCAGGUCCUGACAUCAAUUCAUAUUUAGUCUAUGGACUAAAUAUUGUUAUAGAGUCUAUUUUUGCAUUUAAAACUAAAGAUAGAUUCUCAUGUUUUUUAAUACUUUGAUGAUAUUUUUGUAUGAACAGUUCGACAAGAAUUUGAUCACAAUUUAAGAAUAUUCAUUUUUAUACGCAGACAUACAUAAUGUCAACGCAUAUUUUAAAAGUUAAUGGUCAAACUGGCACUUAUUUUUAAAUCAUAACUAAUAUUGUAUUUCGGUAAUGAAAAGUGCAAUUUUUCUAUGUAUUUUAUUGACUUUACCAUAUAUGUUUAAUACAACGACAAGUGUCAAAUUGAUGUAGACCUAGUCAGGUCAGAUAUAUUCCUAGCUUUAAUAUAAGCUUUAUAUUAGUGUAACGUGCUUUAAAAACGUAUAUAUAAUAUAUAUACUCUUCAAAGAGAGGCAACUUUUUCUUUGGCUUUAACUUUGAAAAUGUUUGAGAAAAUUACUUACUGAUUCUUUGGUGCAGGUCACUUAUCUGAAAUGAUGAAAAAUGACAAUUUUAAUUUAUAGAUGAUAUAAAAAAUGAAGGCUAUAUUCUCGUUUUCAGUAGAAAUAUAUAUCUAUAUAUAUAUAUAAUGUUAUUUGUUAUUCGCGUGAUGUUGGUACGUUAUUUUAAUACCUAUACAUUGUUCUGGUGCUUUUGUAUGUUAUGCUAUGCUGAUAUUAUGUUAAUCAAUUUGUAUAUUCUGUACCAAUAUGAAAAGCACGUUAAGUCCUAGUCAUAUGUGUUCAAGAAAACCAAAAGUGCCACGUUAAAUUUGCCUUAUUGUUAUUAUAUUAUUCCUAGCGUAGCUAGGUGACAAAUAUAUGAAAUAGAAAAUCAUCUAAUAUAUGCAGGUCAUGUGAUGAAAAUCAAAUAAAUUGAUUGAAAUUGAA